AUGAAACGCAUGACCUAUGCAGAAGCUGCUGCUGGUGCUGCUGGUCUCCCCGGCGAAACCCAGGUGCAGCAGCAGCAGGAGCAGCAGCAGCAGCAGCAGGCCUUAACAGGCACAAGCCCUUUGAUAUGCAACUCUGCUUCCUUUCCAGAGGAUGAAGACAGCAGCAAGGGAGGCGCAGAGACGCGCAGCAGUUCCCCGCCCUGCAGCAGCUCCCCCGCAGCUGCAGCAGCAGCAAGCGCAGCAGCAGCAGCAGCAUCAAACGCAGCAGCAGCAGGGGGAGCUACACCUGACUCUGCCCGUUCAAGAGCAGCAAGAUCCCCUGAGCAGGUGGGGGCUAACCCAGGGACAGUGAAGAUGCUGAGGGAGCAGUAUGAGCGCCAGUCUACUGAAGGCCUCUCUACUUUGCAGCGGCAGCGGAUGAGCUCAACGGGCCCCUUCUCAGCAGCUUCUCGACCUUCUAGCACCCCACCAGCAGCAGCAGCAGCAGCAGCCCCAUCAUCUGCUGCUGCUGCAGCAGAUGGGGGCAGCAGCGGCACUGAAGAGGGCAAACAGGGCGAGGCGCUGGUAGAUCCUCAGUCUUGUGCAGCACUUAUACAGCAGCUGCUGCAGGAGAAGGAGCAGCUGCAGCAGCAGGUUGAUUCUCUGUGGAGUCAGAAGGAGGCUUUUCGUUGUGCUAACGAGCGGAUGUCAAUGGCUUUGCUGCAGCAGCGGCAACAGCAGCAGCAGCAGGCCGCUGAAAUAGCUGCUGCAGCAGAAGCAGCAGGUGCUACACCAAGAAAGGGCCUCCUUAGGCGCAGCAUAACUGUUAUUCCUUCAGGCUGCCUCACUGCUAGGGGCCCUCUAGGGCCCCGAUGGGAUGCUGGCCUCGUAGGGCCCCCUUCGGGGGCCCCUGCUGAGGGGGCCCCUGCUGAGGGGGCCCCUGCUGAGGGGGCCCCUGUUGUGCCCCCCUUGGCAGUGAAGGAGCAGCACCGCCAGCUGAAUCUGCAGCUUCCGCUUUCUGCAGCCGCCGACAAGCCCCAACCUCUGCUGCCCCAGCAGCAGCAGCAGCAGCAACAGCAGCAGCAGAGGCCUCGUUCAGCAGGGAUACCAGGUAUUACCCCCCUGAACUUAAAGGCAUUGCAGCGGCCUCCAGGUGGAGUUUUUCGUGGCCUUCUUUCAACUUCAGGGCCCCUCUCAGCAUCUGCAUCUGCCGAGGGUACUGAUGGGGGCCCCCCAAUGGGGCCCCCCAAUGGGGCCCCCCAAGCACCCCCUUUAGGGGCCCCUGCAGGGGCCCCUACAGAGGCUCCUACAGGGGCCCCUCUAGGGGCCCCUACAGGGGCCCCUAGGGGGCCCUCCCUGGGGCCCCCUGUGCCCUUGCUAGGGGCAUUAAGGGGGGGAGGCUCGCAGACUUGCAGAGCGUCUUUGGCUUCUACAGCUCUGAAGACGCCGCGGAGGCGAUUUGCUGAUGGGGGUAUUUCUUCUAGAGGUUGUGCAGGAGAGUGGCUGCGGAGGGGACAGCAGCAGCAGCAGCAGCAGCAGCAGGAGCAGCAGCUGGAGCUGCUGCAGCACAAGGCGGUUGAGGAGGCGUUGGUCGCGUCGCUACGCUCUAUGAAUAUGCUAGGCAGCUUCAACUUAGGGCCCAGCAGCACAAGCAGAGCAGCAGCAGCAACAGCAAGAGGCAAUGCAGCAGAGCCCCCCCCUUGGGAAGCAACACCCGAAGCAGCUCUUAAUCGCUGCAGCAGCAGCCCCGAGAGGGGGUACUGGCACUCUACUUUUCUCUGCGUAUUGAAGGUGGAGGGCACAGACUUCUUCCUUGACGUGCUGCAGCAGCAGCAGCAGCAGCAACAGCAGCAGCGCUCCUUCAACGCCGCCAACAGCUUCCUCAGCAGCAUCGGAGCAGCAGCAGAAGCAACAGAAAAUUUACCGCUGGAGGGCGCAAGGGUAAUUGCUUCAAAAGAAACAGCAGGGGUAUUUCAGGUGUGCGUGCGGCACCUGCUGAAAGAAGACAACUGGCUACGCUCUUUAUGUGUCUCCUUAUACUGGGGCCUAACUUCUGCUGUUAAUCCUGGUGAGCUGCCCCCCGAUCAAACGCUGCAGCGGGGCCUGAGCUUCUCAGAGACCUGCUGCGGGAGCUUGGGGCCCCAGAAGCAGCAGCAGCAGCAACAGCAGCAGCAGCAGCAGCAGCAGCAAGCAGAAGAAGAAGAAGAAGAGGAGACACUUACACCAGAUGGUGAAGAAGGCGCAAACGCAUGGAGUGGCUGGGACUCUGUAGCUUUCUUAUACCUUCGCAGCAUCGAUGCUGGAGGCGAACCUGUUGCUGCUGCAGGGCAACCUGCUGCUGCUGCUGCUGCUGCUGCUGCUGCUCCGCAGCUGUACAUCUCAUCCCGAGUGCUCUCUGACGAAGAUGCUGCCCUUAGUUUCUCUUCCAGCUUCAGCAGAUCCGCUAGUACUGCAACAGCAACAACAGCAAGCAGCAGCAACAGCAGCAGCGGCAGCAGCAGCAGCAGCAGCAGGACAGCAGCAGACCUGCGUCGAGCUGAGCCUUAUUCAGGAAUGAAUCAGCUGCUGCUGCAGAAGGGGCCUCAAAAGGAAAGUGUUUUUCUUGUGCGAGCUAAAGACAGAAAUAAAGGGUUAAUGCCUUUAUUUCAUAGAGCCACACAAAAGUAUGUGCAUGUACACCCCACAAUGGGUCUUGUAGGCUUAGUGCCCCCGGUAAUACAGCAAGAGCGCCAGCUUCGCAUGCAGCAGAAGGCUCAGAUGCAGCAAAAGUCGGGGGCUAGGAGACGUCUCAAAGCUAAGAAACACCAGGAUACGCAGCAGCAGCAACAGCAGCAGCAACAGCAGCAGCAGCGGCAGAAGCAGAAGGAUCGAGGCAGCAGCAACAUCAGCAGCAGCUCGAGGCGCAGCAGCCCCCCUCCAGAGUUGGGGCCUGUACACUCCGAGAUGUUCUUAAGGCCUUGCAGAGUAGAAAUGAUCCCCCUAGCUGAUUUGCUGCUGCAGCAAUCAGUGCAGCGGCUGCUGUCAACAGUACAAGAGGUGGCGCUGCAGACGCAGCGCCAGCAGCUGCUGGAGGAGACGGUAGGGGGCCCCUCCGUUAGGGGCCCGGGAGACAGAAACAGCAGCAGAAGAAGCAGCAGCAGCGAGGCGAGCAGCAGCAGGGAGUGCAGCAGCGCUUCAGAUGAUGGGGACGGCUUUGACGGUGUUGUGGCUUCGGAGGGAGGAGACGAUCCCGAUCCCAGCAGGUGUGGGGUCAGGCGCGGGCCGCUGGUGCCUCCUCUCGGUCUUGCAACCAGUGUUGCAGCAACUGAAAAAGCUGCAGCAGCAGAACCUCAAGCAGCAGCAGCAGAACCUCAAGCAGCAGCAGCAGCAGCAACUUAUCAGCCACAAUUUUUUUCCUUUCAGCUUAACGAAGACGAAGUAGUGACUGACGAGGAGAGCUAG